GAUUGACCAAAUGAGCUGACAAUGAUCGGAUUGAAAGCGUCGACUCUUUGAGGCAACAUUGAAAUCAAACCAAAAACCAACAACCAUCAGGAACAGCAGCAGGAGUGGAGCACAACAGCAGCAGUGUACAGUCGGAAAGGACGGAGUCAAAGCUGAAACCAGAGCAGAGCUGAAUACCUUGAACCAACUAUAGCAGCUGCAAUAAUGCACAUUUCUGCUGAGGUCAGUUCGACCACCUCAAAUCAAAUACAGCAGCAGCAGCAGCAGCAACACCAACAGCUUCACCAACAGUUGCACCAACAACAACAGCAGCAACAACACCAACAGCAAACGACUCCAACAGCGGCGACCACAACGGGCAGCACCACGAAGCGACGCAAUGCAGAGUCAUCCUCCAAUAAUAACAAUAAUAACAACAACAACAACAACAACAACAACAAUAGUACCACCAACAACAACAACAAUAGUAGUAGUAACAAUGCCAAGACAAAACCAGUGGAUACAAGCCCAUAUCUGACACCAGAGAAUCUCAUUGAGCGAACCGUCGACGUCCUGCUCGCCGAACAUCCCGGCGAGUUGGUCAAGACGGGCUCACCCCAUGUGGUCUGCACCACAUUGCCCACGCACUGGCGAUCAAACAAAACGCUGCCAAUUGCCUUCAAGGUGCUGGCCUUGGGCGAGGUCAUGGAUGGUACAAUAGUCACCAUUCGGGCGGGCAACGAUGAGAAUUUCUGUGGUGAGCUGCGCAACUGUACGGCGGUGAUGAAGAAUCAGGUGGCAAAGUUCAAUGAUCUGCGAUUUGUGGGCAGGAGUGGAAGAGGCAAAAGCUUCACGCUGACAAUUGUCAUCUCGACGAAUCCCAUACAGAUAGCCACAUACACGAAGGCCAUCAAAGUGACCGUGGAUGGACCACGGGAGCCACGCUCCAAGGUGCGCCAUCAGGGCUUCCAUCCGUUCGCCUUUGGGCCGCAGCGCUUUGGACCGGAUCCACUUAUGGCCGGAUUGCCCUUCAAGUUGCCAGGUUUCGCACACCAUUUGGUGGGGAUGCACAGUCAUUUGCAUGCGCCCGAUUGGCGUGCGCACAUGGCCCUGGGUGGACGGUCAGCGGGUUUUCCAGCAGGCCCAUUCUUUGGCCAUCAUGCGGCAUUUCCGGCAGCCAGCGGCUUGAGAGGAUUGAGCGCAGAUGCUCAGCAGCAGCAGCAGCACCAACAGCAGCAGCAGCAGCAGCAGCAAUUGGCAACAGUCGGCGCCGCACACAGUACCACCAGUCCGGAGGGAUCACCCACCACAACGACAAGUGGCACGUUGAGUGCGUUUGUCCAGCCACCCAUCCACUGUCCCCUGGGCUCUCCGCGAUCUCCACCCACGAUCCUGACCUCGCUGCAGCACGACAAUAACAAUAACAGCAGCAACAUCGAUGCGGGAUUCGAGAGCGACAGCAUUUCGGUGACGGGUUCGCCUCGGAAGAGCAUCAGCUCACCGCUCACACACGACGAAGAGGAAGCGGAAGCUGAGGCUGAGGCAGAGGCAGAGGCAGAAGCGGAACCAGAUGGAGAGGCGGAAACGGAGCCCGGCACACGGCCAAGUGGCGACGCCAGAAAUCAGGGUGCGAUCAGUGGCCGAGUCGCCGGAUCGCUGACCGAGACUGCGCCCGGCUCGGGUGGCGCAUUCACAGCCCUCAUCCAGCGCAGCAAGAAUCCCUCGGAGCUCUUUGGUGGCUUUGCAGCGGCCGGUGGUAAUCACUUUGCCCCCUCGCACAGCUUCAAUCCGGCCCUGGCCGCCCAGCUCUUCCUGCAGAGCCCUCUCCUGCCGCAGUCCAGCCAGUGGCUUUACACCCAGCUCUACGGCAGCUACAGCGAUCUGCCAUGGUUAAGGAGCGCCGCAGCGGCGGCAGCAGCCAGCGCGGCUCCCGCCCAGGCUCAGGCUCAGGCUCAGUCGCAAAGCCAACAGCAGCAGCAGCACCAGCAGGACUCGGCCACUUCGCUGAUGAGCGGCGGCGACCAUGACGGUGUCAAUCUGAUCAAGCGAUGCGUCACACUGAUCACGCACAAUCCACCGGAUGCGGAGAAUGCCAAUCCGAAUUCAUCGCCGCCGGUCAGCUCCACACGCCGUUCGCCCUCGCCCGUGGAGACUAUCGAUCUGGAUGAUGUCAGCACCACCUCCCGAUCGGCCAGCGGUUCAGCUUCCGGCUCUGGGUCCAGUGGUGGCGGCCCCAUACGGACGCGCACUCCCAAGCCGUCGGCGGAUGUGUGGCGCCCCUACUAGCGGCUGGCGGCCGCCUUGCUGGGCACUUGCCUGGCGGCGCAAGGACAGGGCGAGCAUGGGAUCGAUGCGAAGGAUGCACAGGAGACCACACCCAAAUCAAACGGAGAGAAAGAUUGAGAGAGAGCUAUAGAGAGAGAUAUACAGAUAGAAAGAGCGAAUUGCGGUUGUGGUGUUGUGUGAAUAGUCGCCAUAUCGCAGCUGGCGAGGGUUGCUCCAUGAUCUUGUGAUUCCCACUGGCAAGAUCUCUCGCAGACUCACGCCCUGCUGCAUUACUCUCCUCAGGCA